AUGGCGAUCGAUUCAUCAUCGAAAACAUUAGCCGAUGAGACUAAAGUAUUCAUCCCGAAAGAGUGGGAGGAAGCAGAAGACAUCAUUGCUUAUGAUUCAAUCACUUAUCCCCCUCCACAACACCUCGUCCAUCUACACCCUGCAAGUCCACCACUACUGUCGUCGGUGUCUACCGCCUUUGCCUCCUCUAUGUCUAACCUCACUUUAGAAGAAGAAAUUCAGAUGGUCAACGAUUCUUCCAUAGAUGAUCUAAUCCGGUGGGGAAACUCCAACAACAGCUUCAUCGUCGUUGACUCUUUAGCUUUCUCACAACGCCUCUUACCUGCUUACUUUAAGCACAAUAAUUUCUCCAGUUUCAUUCGCCAACUCAAUACUUACGGAUUCAGAAAAGUGGAUCCGGAUCGAUGGGAGUUUGCGAACGAGUGGUUUUUGAGAGGGCAGGUGCAUUUAUUGAAGAACAUUGGGAGGAAGAGGCAAGUGAACAGUAGUAGGGGGAAAUAUUCGGGGAAUAUGCGAGGAGAUGAUGAGGAAGAGGAAGAUAUGGUUAUGGAGAUUGCGAGGUUAAAACAGGAGCAGAAGGCACUAGAAGAGGAGCUCGUUGGGAUGAACAAGAGACUUGAGGCGACGGAGCGGCGGCCGGAGCAAAUGAUGGCGUUGCUUUGUAAAGUCGCUGAAGAUCCAGAGAUUUUAUCACGUAUGAUGCUUGAGAAGGUUCAGCGAUCUAAACGACUGAUGGAUAAAAAGAGGCAACGACGAUUACUCACUCCUCCGACGUCGCGGCCGUCAUCGUCGAGUUUCCAGAUAUCAAAUUCGAUUAAACGCGAGGAGGAUUACGGCUGCCAGAGAGUUGGCGGAGACGUAGUUUCAUCAUCGGAUGGAUAUUACGGUAACGAGCAGUUAUGGAGAUCCCCGCCGUCUCCUGUUUCUCCGUCGACUGUUUGGCUGUGGAAUAAGGACACCCGUAGCGGCGGCGAUGACGGUGUUUGUUUUCCCGUCGUAUCAGAGCCGAUGAACGGAAGUAACAGGUACUCAAACCAUACGGGUGGUGGUGGUGGUGGUAAUAACGUUUACUUUGGCGACGGAUCAACGGAUCCCGACGUUCGACCUCCACCGCCGCCGUAUCCAUUUUCCCUCCUCGGCGGCGGUUUUUAAAUUUAGUGUAAUUUGUUAUUUGUCAGCAAUUAGUAAAUCUGAAAUUCUGAAUUAUAUCGUAUUUGGUAUUUUGUAUAGUUAUAGAAAAUCCUUAAAAAGUUUUCAUCAUCG